GCUUCACCCCUUGCGCAGCUAUACAUACCACACAGCGGCAAAGGAGACAAUUGAUUUGAGAGGCAAAACGAACUGGACUGGAUCCGUACUUCGACUUCAUCUUGCCCACACAGGAUCGUUGGUCAUUCUUCGUGAACACCAUCGGGUGUUGGGUCUCUUUUUCUCUCUCUCUCCCAUUCUUCAUUUGCCUUACAGCCACGGUCCACGCGUUGUUGAGGGUGUUUUUGACCAGCUCACCUCGACGGUUUGGUUCUACUGUCGGCGGGACAUCGAGACUUGCGCUUCGUCACCUGGCCUCGCCCGGCUCAAUCUGAUAGGGUGCGGGAUUCACGAGUGGUAACCUUGCUGAGGAGGGCGUGCUACGGAUUUCGCGCACAGGGUCACCCAGCGUAACGUCGCACCAACCCUGAAUCACGAGACUGGUCACCACCGUCUCAUCGACUUGGCUUCCUUUGAAUAGCAACCGCAGGUCUCACUACUCUUUCGCGGUUUCUGUCCUUCCUUUCCUCGAUCUGACCAACCGAGAACGCCGCUUUCGGCCCGGACUCACUCCCAGACUGUCCCAAGCUUGGGUUGAGAACCCUGUCGCUGGACGACUGACUCGUCCCCUCGAUUUCAGCUCGAGGCAAGCGCGGGCAUCGUUGCACCGCCUUUUCUGUUCGGCGUAGUGUCAAAACAGGAUCCCGUCUCGACAAGAAAUCAUUGAGGAACUCAAAAGGCCAAGAUGUCCAUCGCUAGGGCGUUCACGACCCGGAGGGUCAAGCAGAGCAUCGAGGCGGCUGAGAGGGCGGCGCCCCAUCGCAGCCAAUCCACCAGGGAACCGGCCAGCACUCUUCGGCACAAGAUCUCGAGCCCGGUUGAACUCAUUCACACAACCAACAUGCUGUCAUACAACGCGCCCGAUAUCCAUCCCAUGUCGGCCUCUUCCACGGGCUCUCUGCAAAGAUCUGACGACGACAUGUCCGACGGCGCCCUGACAAGCGGCACAACUCCGCCCACUAGUCCUGAAGUUGAGUCGCCGUCGAAGAAGUCCGCGUCACCAAAGCCGAACCAUCUGUCGUCUUUCUUUGCGGUUGCGCCUGCCCAGCACACAGGCGCUCCCACAGCCCAGCCUGAGGCACCGGUGAUUCCACAGCGCGCUGCCUCCCAUUCCAAUAAGCAGCACAAGACCCUGGUCCGGCAGCGGUCCGCGUCUGCACUGUCGCAACAGUCACACCGCACCGUUUCAACAAAAGCCAGCUUCAGCUUCUCCCGCUCCUCCUCAACCAGCACAAGCACCAGUGUCAGCUCGACUCCGAUGCACCACCACACCAAGCCUAACCUCUCCGGCUCUAGCUCUCCAGCGCCAGCCUCGUCAUCCUCGUUCGAUCCCCCUUCGCCUCGCCGGCAGCAACCGCAAGCAUCUCAGCACAGCCAAAGAAACAGCAGCAGGAGAGACUACCCGAGCGACCGCGACAAUCACCCGUUUGGGAACGAGCUGGCGCAGGUGUCGGAGCUGGCGGAGGAGUACGGCGUCAAGGACCAGGUGGUGUCCAGGGCGGAGGACCUAGAAGAGCAAGACAUGGCGCGGAAGGGCCUGCUUAAGUUCAGCGCCGACGAGUAUCUCUGCGAGGUCCGCGGCUUGUUUGCCCGCUUCAUCGUCGCGCCGCGGCCGGUCGCUGCGGCGUGGAUCUGAAGCGAGGAGCAGGGUUCUCAAAGCGGAGUGAGAGGGGGAGGGUGUGUCGAAAGAGAAACAAAGAGAAGGAUGCUGUUCUUGCUAAGACAGCCGUGCUUCCACGGGCUAGACAAGGGGAUAUUUUUCUUUUUCGUUUUUCUCGACGCGCUCACGUUGUUUGCACCUAUCUGGUGCUGUGGGUGCGGAACCCCCUCUGCCAAGAUGGGGGGAUUUGUACAGACAAUGGUUGGUUGGGGAGGAAGGUUUGGUUGCUUUACGGCAUGUGCUUAUGUCUUGAUGAUUGUUUUCAUAGUCGAAACUCGCGAAGGAAGGUGUGCCUCCCGCGCGGCGGCGGUAGAAGACCGGCCGGGAUACGGCGCGAGAAGCAUUCCCCAGGCUCAUCUGGUUGCCUUUGCGGGAAACAGAUACCUAGACAACAGGGAACAUAGGUUUUGGGCGGAGGGAGGGUAGGUCUACGGCGGCGUUUUGGGGGAGGAAAUCUCUGGGACAACUCAUUAUGUUUUGUCAUCUAGAUUCGGCUUUUUUACUUCGAGAUACUCCCUGCGCUGUCUGGAUGGACAGCUGCAAUGCUGCUUUGCUUCACAAGAGAUGUUGCUGGUUUUGCUCCCUCGAGUCUUGUGUGUGUAUAUUCUUCGGCUUAGUGGUAGCUGAAUGCUCCACCAGGUGGCCGACCGUGAUGCGACAUGGCUUGCCAGUGACCUCCG